AUGAGAGUAAGUGCGGCACCUAGUUUUGAGGCGGCUCAAAUCUCAGAGGCUGAUCAGAAGGCGGGGAUUUCUCAAACGGGGGUUUGUAGGGCUGAGGUUGGGGCGCGUGAGAUGCAGAUGGGCCUUGUGCGGGAGGAGGAGGUGGUGAGUGGGGAAGUAGAGGAGGAGGAGGAGGAGGAGGAGGAGGAGGAGGAGGAGGAGGAGGAGGAGGAGGAGGAGGAGGAGGAGGAGGAGGAGGAGGAGGAGGUGGAGGUGGAGGAGGAGGAGGAGGAGGAGGAGGAGGAGGAGGAGGAGGAGGAGGAGGAGGAGGAGGAGGAGGAGGAGGAGGAGGAAGAGGGGGAGGAGGAGGAGGAGUAG